AUGAACUCGCUAAAAUUUACACUCGCGAUUCUCACAAUCGCUGGAUGCUGGCGACCUUUUUCGUCGACUUCGCUGAUAAAACAUGCGUUAUAUGAUGCCUAUACAUUAUUAGUAAUUAGUAUCAUGUACAGUUUUACAUUUUCACAAUUUAUGGAUGUUGUCCUGAACGUCGAUAAUCCAGAUGAUUUUACUAAUACUUUAUACGCGAUGUUGACCAUGUUUGCUGCCGACUAUAAAAUACUCGAUCUGUUUGUGAAUCAUGAGAGUUUCGCGAAAUUAAUUCAAAAUCUUACGGAAAGAACGUUUAAACCAUUACUACUUGUUGAAAUCGAAAUUCAACGAAAAUUCAACAUGAUAAUACAGAACAUGACAAAGUGCUAUACCAUAUUGAUUAUGAUCACUUACACAGGCCAUGUUUUGAGAUCGUUACUGACAAAUUUCAAAAAGGGGCAGUUAGCAUUUAGAGGAUGGAUACCGUAUGAUUAUUCAUCGUUCGUGCUAUUUUGUCUCACAUACGCUCAUCAAUACGUAGGACUGAUAUUCGCAUGCCUUGUUAGCGUUGCUUGUGACGGUCUCAUUGUUGGUUUGUUAUUGCAUGUAUGCUGUCAAAUUACGAUCUUACAAUAUCGUUUGAAGGGUCUUAUAAAUGGCCAAAAUACUCUACGUGACUGCGUACGCCAACAUCGUCACAUAAUCGAAUUCGCAAACGCGACUAACGAAAGAUUUAGGAGGAUAAUUGCAUUUCAAUUCGUAGCAAGUACAUUCGUAGUCUGCUCAAAUUUGUAUCAAUUAACUAGAACUGAAUUAAUUGUAGAUUUUAUUGCGUUUUUUGCAUAUACAAUGUGCGUACUUAUACAAAUUUUCAUCUAUUGCUGGUUUGGAAAUAAACUGAAAGUUAUGGUAUGCAUACUAAUAUUAUCGUAUUUGAAAUUAUUGUAAAUGCAAGUUAUGCAAUUUCCACUUAAAAUCCUUACGGUAGCAGGAUGCCGGCCACCAGUCUCCUGGUCUUCAUUAUGGAAACGGACAGUGUAUAAUGUAUAUACAAUUUUUGUAUGUUUACUACUGCUUACUUUCAUGUUGCCACAACUCAUGGAUAUUAUCCUGAAUGUUAAUAAUGCGGACGAUUUUACGGAUACUUUUUAUAUAAUGCUUGCCAUGAUUAUCGCUUGCUGCAAGAUGCUCAGUCUAUUGCUAAAUCGCAAGAAUAUCGAGAUAUUAACUGGCGCAUUGGUUGAGAAACCAUUUAGACCUUUGGAACCAGAUGAAAUUGAGAUUCGACAAAAAUAUAAUAACAUAAUACGGACCAAUUCUAUAAUCUAUACGGUACUUAUUGAGGUAACGUGCGGCAGCAUGAAUUUAACGUCUUUGUUUACGGAUUUUCGGCAAGGAAAUUUAGCGUAUAGAGAAUGGAUACUUUUCGAAUGGUCCGAUACAGUGUAUUAUCUCAUAUACUUUCGUCAAUUAAUGAGCUUAACGGCUGCGUCGAUCGUGAAUGUUGCUUGCGAUAUAAUGAUUUGUGGAUUGCUGCUACAUAUUUACUGCCAAAUCGAAAUCUUAGAGUGCCGUGUGAGAAAAUCGUUACGCAAUCGAGGCGACUUGGGUGAAUGUGUGCGUCAGCACGAUCAUAUCUACAAAUUUGCAUACACGAUGAAUGAAAAGUUCAGAUUUAUAAUUGCCGUUCAAUUCAUUGCAAGUAUGCUAGUAGUAUGUUCCAAUCUAUAUCGAUUAGCGAAAACCACGUUGAGUUCAAAAUAUAUUCCAUUGAUGUUAUACACAAUCUGUAUGUGUUUGCAAAUUCUUAUUUAUUGUUGGUGCGGGAACGAAGUGAAAUUAAAGAGCAUUCAAUUUUCCGAUGAAAUUUUUGGAAUGGAUUGGAUAACAGCACAUCAAAAAGUAAGAGAAAAUCUUAUAAUGAUUAUGAAUCGCUCUCUGAUACCAAUCGAAUUUUCUAGUGCCCAUAUUCUUACGGUGAAUCUAGAUUCAUUCGUGAAGCUUCUUAAAAUGUCGUAUUCAGUAUAUAAUAUACUUAAACAGACAAAAGAAGAAUAG